AGGGAGAAAACGAGGAGAUCGUAGAGAGGAAGGGGGAGGGGGGAAAGGAAGAGGAGGUAGGGCAAGAGGGGGGUGGAGACAAAGAAGGCAAAGAGGAGGACCAAAACAGAAAGAGGCAAGAAUUGUUAAAAAAUGAAAAGAGUGAUGGAAAUAAAGACGAAAUGAAGGAGGCCAAAGAGACAGGGAGGGGAAACGUUGCCAGGAAAGGGGUGAGGGGGGAGAAGAAAAGGGAGGGAAGAAAGGAAGAGAAGAAAAAAGGAGCUGAAAACACCAACGCUGAAGUAGGGAAGGGAUUGGCUGGAAAAGACAAAGGGAAGAGCAAGGAGGCGGAGCAACAAGGGAAGAGCAAGGAGGCGGAGCAACAAGGGAAGAGCAAAAGAAAGAGCGGCGUGAAUCCCACCGCCGCUACCCAAUCCACCGCAGCUCCACCCACGGCCCGCCCCCGGAACAGUGCCCGCUCUGCCCGGGCAUCCACCAAAAAUGACAUCAUAGCCAAGUUCCAGCAAAAUGCCCCUGAGACGCCGGUCGUCCGCAACUUUAAACUCCAGAAAUCGUCUGUGUCUGUGGCGAUGGGGGGGUCAAUCAAACAGAAGGUGCUUUCGUGGUGUGCCAACAAAACACGCAACUACAAGGGCGUUUGCAUAGAGAACUUCUCAUCAUCGUGGUGUGACGGGAUGGCCUUCUGUGCUCUCAUCCAUCGCUUCUUUCCUGACGCUUUCGACUACUCUACGCUGAAUCCGGCUGAGAGAGAGAAGAAUUUUACACUUGCCUUCCACACGGCAGAGACAAUGGCUGACUGCUGCCCCCUGUUGGAGGUUGGUGAUAUGAUCCUGAUGGGGGACAAGCCAGACCCCAUGUGCGUGUUCACGUAUGUCCAGGCCCUCUGUCAUCACCUCUCCAAAAUAGAAAAGGAGAGAAAGGACAGAGCCGAAGAACAGAAGAGUAAAACGGUGAAAGACGGACAAGUAGAAACAACUACGGAGAAGGAAGAGGACGAUAAUAAAGAAAGUGGGAGCAUAGACGAUCAGCGGGAGAAGGAGGGCGGGGAAAGGAAAGAUGGGAAAGAGAAAGAGAGUGGCGAGAGCUCCGCAGUUGAGGGAGAUGAAGAGAUAAAGCAAGAGGGAAAAGAAGUGGAUGCGUUAGUUGAAACUCAGGCUUAAGCUAAUCUUAACUAGAAAGUGAACAGACCAAAUGAUAUAGAUUAAGAGAGCAAAAUAUAGGCUAUUCAAAUAGGCUACAUGUUGAAGUAAAGUCUUACAGUUUGUUACAAGACACGUCUUUAGCGUAUUUGAGCAAAUUGAGCACAUAUGACUGGUGUGAUGUUUGCGAAGGUUUGGAAUUAUGCUCAGAUUCCGAAGUGUGUAACUUGUAACCUGUUGUAAUAUUUUAAGUAUUACUAGUCAUUCAGUUUUUUUUAUCACAUGUUGUGGAAUUGUGUGCACAGAGAAAUAAAUUUAUAUAAUACAUAUA